AUGGUCAAUCGAAACCAAAACGCUGAUGAGAACUUUCAUCGGGUUCGACAGGACGGAGUUAUAGAGGAUAACAAUUUGGCAGCCAUGGUCGAAAAGAUUAUGGCGCGAAAUGGGAUAAACAUAGGCCUACGCAGGCCAAACUGUACGUAUCCCAUGUUUGGAUAUAUGUUGCAAACUGAACAUCCCAGGGGAUGGAAAGUCCCAAAAUUCACAAAAUUCUCUGGUGAUACCAGCGAAUCUACCGUCGAACAUAUAGCCAGGUAUUUGAAUGAGGUCGGGGACAUUGCUAACAACGAGAACUUGAGUGUAAGAUGUUUCCCUAGUUCCAUCAUGAAAAAUGCUUUCACUUGGUUCACUACACUCCUAGCAAACUCCAUCCAGGAUUGGACUCGUUUAGAAAGAUUGUUCCAUGAACAGUUUUAUAUGGGACAAUCUAAGAUCAAUUUGAAGGAAUUGGCUAGUAUUAGACGUAAGUUUAGUGAGCUGAUAGAUGAUUAUCUAAAUAGGUUCUGGUUGUUGAAGGCAAGGUGUUUUACACAAGUUCCCGAACAUGAACUAGUUAAAAUUGUUGCAGGUGGUUUAAAUUAUUCCAUUAGGAAGAAGCUAGAUACCCAAUAUUUAAGAGAUAUAGCCGAAUUAGCAGAUCGAGUUCGACAGGUAGAGCAUUUAAAGGCGGAAAAAGCUAGGGCAAGUAAGAACAACAAAAGGGAAAGUGUAGUGUACGUCGAAAUGGAUAAGGAUAAUCAGGAGAUAUAUAGUGAUCCUAUAGGUUUUGACGAAAGCGAAAUCGAUUUGGCCGAGUUGAGACAAAGAUGA